GACGAACUGGCCGGGGAGAAACGCCCACUUUUAUGAGGGAAACGCCCACCACCUGUGUUCAUAGUUCGUAACAGCUAGGCUUUUAUUGUGAAAGAUUCAGCGGAAAUGGUGUAUUUUGAGCUUGAGAACUUGAUCUUGUUUCAUAGUUUCAUUCAACUACCGAUGGAAAAUAAUAACGUGUGGUGUCUCUGAAUGAGGUUAGGAACCAGCGGGAGCUAUUUUCCCGAUACAUCGAUUACAUGUUUUGACUGAAAACUUGAAGCGCGUUUGAUUGGUUGACUAACAGGUUGCGCCUGCGCUCUGAGCAUGCGGGGUUUUUUUUUUUCUGCUUCAGAUAUGCACCCUUUUCUUGAAAAUCAGCAGCAGCUGUGUUCCAGAGCGGCAGGGACUGUGGGUUAUGGUUGUGAUUCAGAGCAGACGAACAGGCUGUCCCGGGUGGAAUCAGACAGCUCGCUGUCAUUUCUUCACGCCUUUCCUGGCUGGAUGAGGAAACCGCUCUCCUGGUCGCCUACAGACAGCUCCACCUACUGAGAUGGUCUGUUUCAGAGAUGGCGAAGGGUCUUUUUCCACGAGCCUGGGUGAAAAAGUCGUUCUACUUCCAGGCUCGGAUCUCCUUUGUACGGGUGAAGUACCUCUUCCUUACGUGGCUCACGGUGCUGGUCGGCAGCUGGGUUCUCUAUGUGCAAUACUCAGCUUACACAGAGCUGUGCAGAGGACAUGAAUGCAAGAACGCCAUAUGUGACAAGUACAGGAGGGGUAUCAUCGAUGGCUCCGCCUGCAGCAGUCUAUGUGAGAAAGAAACUCUGUACAUGGGCAGGUGUCUGUCCACGCUACCAAACAACCAGGUGUACACAGGAGGAUGGGGGGACCACAGUGGGAUCAUCCGCUGCAAACUGGGGGAGGUGGUUCCCUAUGAGCUGGGGGAGGAACCGGAGCCACGAAGAGAAACCCCAGUGUUUGACAAGCCUAACAGAGGCACGUCUGUGCAGAAGUUCAAAGAGAUGCUCUUCAAUCACCUUAAGUCCAAGCUUGGAGAACACGCAAACCUUCCCAGUCUUGUUGGUCAGAUACUCUCUGUCGCCGAUGGGAACCGGGACGGACGGGUGUCUCUGCAAGAGGCUCGUUCAACAUGGGCCCUUCUUCAAAUGGAUGAGGUGCUGUUGGGCCUGCUGCUCCAGGACCGCGGACAUACUCCACGUCUCCUUGGCUACUGCGGAGACCUCUACAUGACUGAGUGGAUCCCCAACUCACCCCUGUAUGGGUUCUCAUUGCCCUGGCCUCUUGUUUCCUGGGUGCCAGGGGGGUUGCAGCGCACCAUGGACCAGUGGUUCACUCCUUCCUGGCCUCGCAAAGCUAAAAUCUCCAUGGGCCUGCUGGAGCUUGUGGAAGACAUCUUCCACGGCACCUAUGGGAGCUUUCUGAUCUGCGACCUUGCAGCAGUGCACUUCAGUUACACCGACCGCCAUGAGCUCCGUCUGACCAACACACAAGUGGUGGUUCCUGAAGAGGAGUUCAGGCGCACCAUGAGAGUCCUGAAGUGUGAAACGGAUGCUGACUGUGUGUACGGAGUGGACUGCCGGACGUCCUGUGACCUAUCUGAGAAGAGGUGCAGGGAGGAGCCUGUUCAGCCAAACCUGGCAAAAGCAUGCAGCGUGUUGAAGGACUACAUCCUGCGCGGGGUGCCUUCAGAAAUGAGGGAGGAGCUGGAGAGGCAACUGUAUGCCUGCAUGGCUCUCAGAGGGAACGCUGGACAGAUGAACAUGGAACACUCGCUCAUCCUCAACAACCUGAAAGCUCUGCUUUGGAAACGGAUCUCGCACACCAAGGACUCAUGAUGUGGGGUGGCAGCAGAUGUUCUAAAACCAUGCUCAUCAGCUCUCCCAGUGGAAAUGAGUGGAAACAAUGCUGUGAUUUAGGAGUAGGAUUUGAUGAAGUGAUAUCUAUCACCCUCUUAUGAAUAGGGAUGCACUGAUUAGAGCUUUGGAGCCAAUUUGCAAUCUCCAAUUUUUUUUUUCAAUUUUUUUUUUAAAGAGUUACCAGUUUUUAUUAUUUGAUUAUGGGAUGAUAUUAGGACACUAAUCUAAUAUUGUUUUCCAGGCUUCCUGCUGAAUGGUCAUAUUUUAAAGGAGCUGAGGUGACAGCAAGCAGCUGUAUGAAAGCAGGAACUAGCUGUAAACCAACUUUUAACUAUUGUUUUAUAACAAAGAAAAAAUAUUGGACAUUUUCAGCACAGUUGGCAUUUAAAAAAAACCAUUAAGAUUUCCAAAUCCAGAAUUCUCCACUACAGAUAGGUCAAAACAAACAGAGCACUUUUACUACAAUGCGUUUAGCCUUCCUGUUAUCUGCAGAAAGUCUCACUCUUUCCUUUACCUUCCUGCUGUUUGGAUGAAUCACAAACAUGUCUCUGCCUGUUGUAGAAACAGUUUCCUUUUAAAUAGCUUCUUAAAUCUCUGUUUAUCUUCUCACUUCAUUUGAAACACCUUACUGAUAACAAACAUGGCUCACUUUGAGUCUUCUUCACUGAAUAGCAGCAUCCAAACUGAAUAAUGUUACCAGUGUAACCUGGGAACACCUAUUGGGUUAGAUUAACUGCAUGGAAAAAGUUUGGAUCCUUAGUUUUCUAACCAGUGAGAGCUGGUUAAGGAAAACAAAUCAACCAGUUCUCUGUGCAUCUCUAUUUAUAAAUGAUAAAUCCACUUGACCUACCUCCUCUCUUACUAUUGUAAAAAUCAAACUCAGUGAUUGCGUUUUCUCGUUAGGCAAAUGUAAAACAAGCCUCAGAACCUUAUUGUGAUGUAUUGUUUUUCACCACAGUGGAAUGUUAUUAUGGAGACAAAGACAAUGGCCUGAUGUUUGAAGAGCUUUGGUGAUUAAGUCACUGGUUCUGCCAUAAUCAUCCUACAGCUGAGCUGUAUUACCCUCAGUUUAGGAGGAAGUAUUAGAAAAUCAAAGAGUGGAAUUUUAAAAAGGAUGGAUGCCACAAAUAUUUUCCACAGGGGACCACUACUAGCACGGCACUGCUUUAUUUUUUUCAAUCACACUUAGAAAACACAUCCAUACUAAAGAAAAACUUGCCCUUUGAAAAAAAAACUUAGGUUUUAUAUAUCACUAAACAGAAUUUUUUUCCAGGGUUACAAACCAGGAUUGUUUCCUAAACACGUUUUGCACAUGUAGCGUGACCGUUCCUAAACCCUGGUUCUUCACGUUGAGAAUCAUAAGCUCACUCAGCGACGUGAAGAAAAACUACAGAAAGAGGCAACAUGACACUGAUGUUGAGCUGCGACAGUAAACUGUGUUACAGCUGCUUAGCUUAGCCUCAUGCACGGUUCUUUCUUACUGUUCUUUUAGUGGGGCUCCACUGUCACAUUUUUUUCUUUCAGUUUAUAAUGAACUUAAACUUUUAAUAAUAGAUGUGUGUUUAAAAACUCUCUCUCUCUCUCUCUCUCUCUCUCU